AUGUGAAUUAUUAAAAAGAAAAUGGCCCAACGGAGCACUGCAUUUCCUUCUCUCGUCACCGAGGAAAGGUAUAAUAUAUGGAAAAUAUGCAUCUAAGGCGAGUUAGAACCAUGCCCCGACACAACCAGUCCCUGACCAUGGCACCCUACUCAUCUGUAAGCCUCGUGGAACAACUGGAAGAUAGGAUCCUCUGUCACGAGAAGACAACUGCUGCCCUCGUGGAGCACGCCUUCCGGAUUAAGGACGACAUCGUCAGCAGUUUGCAGAAAAUGCAGAACAAAGGGGGCGGUGACCGCUUGGCCAGGCUUUUCUUGGAGGAGCACAUCAGAAACAUAACUGCCAUCGUGAAGCAACUGAAUCGGGAUAUCGAGGUACUCCAGGAGCAGAUCCGGGCCCGGGACAACAUCAGCUAUGGAACGAAUUCUGCCUUAAAGACUCUGGAGAUGCGUCAGCUCUCCGGUUUGGGAGACCUUCGGGGAAGAGUGGCAAGAUGUGACGCCAGCAUAGCCAGACUCUCUGCAGAGCACAAAACAACUUACGAGGGGCUCCAGCACUUGAACAAAGAACAGCAAGCUGCCAAACUUAUCUUGGAAACAAAAAUCAAAGAUGCAGAGGGACAGAUUUCUCAGCUUUUGAACAGAGUGGACUUGUCGAUAUCAGAGCAAAGCACCAAAUUGAAGAUGUCCCACAGAGACAGUAACCACCAGCUUCAACUUUUGGAUACAAAAUUUAAAGGUACGAUUGAGGAACUCAGUAAUGAGAUUUUAUCUGCACGGAAUUGGUUGCAACAGGAACAAGAACGGAUAGAGAAAGAACUUUUACAGAAAAUCGAUCAGCUUUCCUUGGUUGUUAAGGAAAACAGUGGAGCCAGCGAAAGGGACAUGGAGAAGAAGCUCAGCCAGAUGUCAGCCAGACUUGACAAAAUAGAAGAGAGUCAGAAGAAGAAUAUGGAAGUGCAGAGAACAAAACAAGAAGAGGAGAAAGUGCAUGGGCGCAUCAGCAAGCUGGAGUUACAGAUGAAUGAGGACAUGAAGGAAAUGAAAGCAGAAGUUGAUGCUGGGUUUACAGCCAUCUAUGAAAGCAUAGGAUCCCUCAGGCAAGUUCUUGAAGCCAAGAUGAAGUUGGACAAGGACCAGCUGCAGAAGCAAAUCCAGCAGAUGCAGAAGCCAGAGGCUCCCAUGUGAAGGGAGCUGGGACAAGGACCUCACAAGUGGUUCUGCCAGUGGGCCGAGAGCUGGAUACCUCUGUAGCUAGGCUGUCACCACAUUCAGGAGUGUUCUAUUCAUGGCGUGCAUGUGCCAAGCAAUGUGUUUUCAUGGGUCUGAAUGUUUACCUUGAGUCUCAAAAACACUUUCUUUAAAAGUAUUAAGUACAAUUUUUACCAAUUUAUUCCAUUUCUCUAAAUUUGAUGGAAUAUCCUCCCUGCCCCUAGAUUUGGAAAAGCUUUUAUCCCCUUCAUUUUAUGAAUGAAAAGACUUAACGACUUUCCUUCAAUGCUUGACGCUCUAGCCAAGACUUCACUAUUUUGAAAAAUGUCAUGGUGAUUUUUUUUUUUAAUUAAGAAACUAAUGAAUUGUCACAGGAAUGUGUUGCUCCUCACCCUAAAUUAAGAGAAUGUCCUGGUAGACUAGAAUUCAACCUUUUAGUCCAUAUUUGGAUUUUAUUAUUGUUAUCUGUGCAUUUCUUAUAUGGUUAUCUUGUAAAUCUUCUGUCUUUUGUAGGGAGAAGGGAUUUAACUUUUGGAAAACCACCCCUGCCACCAUUUAUGUAAUGAAAAUAGCUUGAAGAUUGAUAACUGCCAUAUACAUUGCAAAUUAAAGUGGAAACUUAAGACAGUUAUCUAGAUAAUGCAAGGCACCAUAUCCACAUCGACCACCUACUUAUACCAGGUUUUAAUAUUGAAAACUUUUUUCAAUUAUCCACAGCCUGUAUAGUGAUAGCCAUAUAUUUAAUAAUGGAAUGGUGGUUAAUAGUCUGUUUAUUGCACAAUUAAUUGUUAAUUAUAAUAGGAUGUGAGAAUUUUUCAGGCUUUAUGAUCUCCUCUCUAAAUGUUUCCAAAAUUGGCACAAAGUGCUAACUAAGGUUUAUACACACUUAUUGUAACUGUAUUCUUGUGCCUUGGUUUUACCACGUCAAUGCACUGUAUCCUCUAAAAGUUUUACGGACAAAAUAGAAGGCAUGAUAAUACAUCAGAAUUAUGAUGUAAAAAUGGGAUCCUAUGUAAUUUUUAAAUGUUCUAAAAAUUUUAUCACUGGUAAGACAUUAAUCAUUCAGUAGUAUUAAUGAAAUAGAAAUUCAUACUUUUGUAUGGACAGAGAAUCAAAUUGAUAUUGCAUUUAUAACACUGUCAAGAAACUUUCAUUUUGAGCAGCUUUGUAGUUGAUGGGUGUUUUCUUUUCAAUCGCCAUAUUUGAUUAGUCAUUGAAAAUUGGCACCAGUGAAAUUGUUCACCUGUGUUUGUACAAACCAAUGGUGAGACGCACACUGUUCUAAACUGUGAGGGUGCCCAGGAAAAGGAAAACAAUUCUUUAAAAUUUUUUAAAAAAUUGUUUUUUGUUUGCCAAGGACUCAGGAAAAUUAAAACAUUUUCUAUUUUUAGGAUAAAUCAUAAAUGAAAUAUGUGACUGGCUAUUACUGUUUACCCAUGUAAAAUAUGCUGCUGAAGUUCAUAGUAUUUUACCUUCAAUGGCUGGACAAAAAUUCUUUAAAAAUUUGGACCUGAGAAAUCACAUAAGGAAUGUGUCAUCCAACACGUAGUUCCUCAAUUUUGUCACAAAUCUUUGCGUCAGUAUAUAGGAAGAUGAUUUCCACUUAACAAUGAAAAAACAAAGGUGAAUGCUCUUUUGCAAUCAGAAAGUGGGUUUCUUUUUGUGAUAGAGUAAGCACAUCUAGUACAGUUUUCCCUGCUGAAGCACAAGCCACAGCACAGAGAACUAUGCCCCCUCCAGCGUCUCUCCUCUGUGGCCUCUGGAGGAGGAAGAGUCCGCGCAUGAGGCACGUGGGGAGAGGGGGAGACAGGCCAGCUGGACUCAGGUUGAGGGCUGACAUGAGCAGGUGACGGCUGGCUGUCCGCUGAAAUUGCUCAGGUGCUUCUGAUGCUGCCAACCUCAUGUCAUGAGCUCUGGCAAGGGUUCUCCACCCUGGCAACAUGCUGGAACCGCCCAGGGCGUUCAAAGAGCUACUGAUGCCCGGGCUGUGCCCUAGGCCAGCAGAGCCAGAACCUCUGGGAGAUGGGACCCAGGCAUCUGUAGGCAUCAAAGGCCCCCGGGCGAUUCAGAGGCCGCUCAGGUUGGAAGCCACUGAGCCACAGCGCACUCUUAUGACCAAAGUAAACGAGGAUCAGCUUCCGUGUUCUUUCCUUUACCAGAAAUUUGCAAUAAAAAGAAUAAAGUUU